ACACAAAACGGCAUCGUUUUAGUAUUUUUGAUCUGAUUUUAGUUUUUACACGCACACCCUUUUUUCCCUGUUUCCGUUAUUCCCAAUCUCCCGCGACCACCUCCUCCCUCCACCGCCUCCGGCCGUCGUUACACCGCCGCACGCCACCGCCGCACACCACAGCACACCACAGCACACCACAGCACACCUCCUUCUGGUUUACAAACAAUUGACAUGUCCAAUAGUUGAUGGAAUCACUCAACUGUUGGACCUCCAAAUCACCACUCACUUUCAUAUUCCAGUUUCAUGCUAAUUUGAGGAAAUGUUUGAAGGUUUAGUAAGGCAGCUGAUUUUAGGUUAUCUUGGGCAAUAUAUUAAAGAUAUACACAGGGAGCAACUCAAGAUUACACUCUGGAAUGAGGAAGUAUUAUUGGAAAAUGUGGAGUUAAUUCUAGAGGCUUUUGACUACCUCGAACUUCCAUUUGCUUUAAAGCAAGGUCGAGUUGGGAGAUUAAGCAUUAGAAUUCCUUGGAAAAAGCUUGGGUGGGACCCAAUAAUUAUAAUUUUGGAGGAUAUAUUAGUUUAUGCCUCCCAACGUGAGGAUGAAGAGUGGGGUGCUGAUGAUGUUGAACGAAGAGAAUUUGCUGGUAAAAAGGCCAAACUUGCUACAGCAGAACUGGCAAAGUUAUCGCAACGUGUAUGUGAUAAUCAGACUGGGAAAUCAUUUAUAUCGUACAUUACUGCAAAGAUUAUUGAUGGCAUCCAAGUCACCAUCAGAAAUGUUCAUGUUGUAUAUGGAGAUAUGGCAAAUGACAAGGCGCAAACGAUAUUUGGUUUGAAGUUGACUAGUUUGACUGCAAUGAAGCAAAAUCUUACAAGUUUAUCAAGUGGAAAGGUGAGGAUUGGGCAAGUAAACAAGCUUAUUGAGAUUCAAGGUUUGGAAAUAUACUGUAGAACCUUUCAUGGAUGUGCAAAAGAUUUAUAUACCGACAACGGUGGAGACUCCAUGUCAAUUGUUGCUGCAAGUUCUCAAAGUGACGAACACAUUCACCUGUUGGCCCCGGUCAAUGUAUCUGCUUCUCUAUCGGUGAAUAGGUCUGGACGGCUUGAGAAUAACGCAGCACAAUACUCUAUUGAUGUUGAGUUAUCCGGUCUGGUCUUAUCCCUGAAUGAAGAUCAGUUGCAGCAAAUAUUGUAUCUUUAUGACUAUCUAUGCAUCUGCCGGCUAAGAGAGAAAUAUGGUCGUUUUCGCCCUUGGGAGAGUCCUUUAUCAGAGAGACCUACGGGAUGGCAGAUAAAGUGGUGGCAUUAUGCUCAACACUCUGUGCUAUCUGAUGUUCGUAAAAGACUAAAAAAGACUUCAUGGAAAUACCUAGGAGAACGUGUAGGCAGAAAACGGCGGUAUAUAAAGCUAUAUAAAUUGAAAUUAGAAUCCCUUCGGAAAGAAGAGCCACUGGAUGAUGCAAUUGUUUCGGAACUGGACCAAAUGGAGAAAUCAUUCGAUAUAGAUGAUAUCCUAAGUUACAGGUCUGCUGCUGAAAAUGAGAUCCAGGAAUUCUUGGUGGAUUCAGCCAAUGGUAUCGGAGCUAAUGAAGCCAAUACUACUUUUGACAAGUCGGUUGAUGAUGACCAAAGCAAGCCCCAAGGUUGGUUAAAGUGGUUGUCUCGUGGUAUGCUUGGUGCCGGAGGUACAGAUGAUUCCAGCCAGUUCUCUGGUGUAGUUUCAGAUGAAGUAAUCAAGGAUAUUUAUGAGGCGACAAAGUUUCAUCCUGCACCCUCCCCUGUUCUGGAUGCUACUGGUAGUGAUGGAAUUCUUUUGUCUUCUAUUAAAUUCUCUAUAAGUCGAAUAUCUGCAACGUUGCGCAACAGGAAGUUCGGUCGUGCUAUUGCUGAACUGGUUUUUGAGGAAAAUCUUGUUGAGUGCAUGAUUUGGGAGGAAUCUGCUGUUGUUACUGCAUCAAUCGAGUCUGUUGAGAUGAUGAAUCCGUUAAAUGAGAAUGCCAUUUUACUUGUCAAAAAGGGUGUCUCAGAGGAGCCUUUUCUUGAAGUGGGAAAACCAUCCCUAAAUAUCCAAGCUUACAUUCCAAAAGAAAAUCGUGACGGUGAAAUGACACUGAAGGUGAUGCUUGAGCCAAUUGAAGUGACUUGUGAUCCAACGUUUUUUUUGAAUGUCAUGGAGUUAUAUAGUGUUCUGAGUUCUUAUAACUCUCAUGAAGAAAGGGUCCUAAAAUCGCUUAAUAGGAUCAAUGAUGUGAAGUCGCGGCUAAUAUCAAAAGCUGAAUACAUAUUGUCAAGUCGGAAGAGAGUGAUGUGGGAUGUUAGUUUGAUAGAUGUUAAGAUAGUUAUUCCAUGGAAGAACAGGAGUUCAGAGAUGCAUAAAUUGGUACUUGGAUUGACAGCUGUUACAUUCACAUCCAAGCGUGAUAUUGACUGUUUCGCCCCUGAUAUCAAUGUACCGUCUCAGUUCGUGAGGAAUUUGGUAGAUAUCGAAUCUUCAAGUGAGCUCCUGAAGGGAAUUCAGAUUCAAGAUCUGCAUGAUCACUUCGAAACUAAAAUAAUUGACUUUGAGAUAAAUUUGUCUGUGCCUUUUUAUCCUUAUACUUUCCCUAUUCUGGAGAAAGUUAACGCUUCUUUUGCUAUCGCACGGUGCAUUGUUCAGGAUGAAUUGUUCUUAAAAGCAUUGGAGGUUUAUGUAGUGGUGGCAACUAUUUGGGCACGCUUGUCGCCAUCAAUAAUCGGUGCAAUUUUGGAACUUUACGAAAGUUUCAGUACGCUGCAUCAUUCACCAGAUUUGGUGACAUCAGAAACAACAUCGUCACAUGAUUCAGAUAUAGACAAACCAAAAAAGACCAACACUUCUCGGAUUUCCGUUCUAGCUAAUCUGGAAUCCGCUAGUGUCAUUGUUGAUCUUGAAAACGGCUUAGAGGCUAGCUGCACAUUAACUGUUUCUCUGCAGGACUUGGAUAUUAGGUUUGUUAUUAUGGGACCCACAAUCGCUUGCUGGAUAUGCACAAGAGCUUUAAAGAUAACAUCCCGUUCGUUGGAAAGCGGGGAGGAUGUUAUCAUAUGCUUAUCUGAAAGUAAUUAUUCUCCGCAUUCUUCACAGCUACAAGAAGAAGAAUUAAAUGUUUCACCUAACGGGUGCCUCAUGUUACAUUAUGACGGCGAUUUAGUUAACCACAAGUUUAGCAUAUGGUUAAGUGAUCUUGAUCUUCAUUGCUACCCGUAUAUUAUCGGAUUGCUUGUUGACUUUUUCAACAAGCUAUCUGAAUAUACUCCUUCACAUGCUGGUUUCAAGAAUCAAGAUUUAAGUAAUGGUUUUCAAUCGGGUUCGUAUUUUGACUUUCAAAGAUUUGGUUGCUCAAAUUUCUUCCAGACUGGUUCAUGUGAUUGGGCGAGCAUCCCAGUGGAUCAUUAUCCGUUUGUGACGAUACACAAGGACAGACCGCUUCUUAAUCUUGAAAAUUCACUUAUUAACAUCAGUACAGACUGGAAAAAGGUUUUUAAAAUAAGAGAGAGUAAGAUAAACAGUUCGAAAUUCUGUGCAAAAAAGGAAUUUCAGAAACUACACAUCCCGUUGAUUGAACAUGAACAUGAACCGUUGGAUCAUGACCUUGUAGAUCUGGUUGUAAUCAAUCUUCAUUUCAGCAGCAUAAGAUUGCAUCUUCAUGACUCUAAAUGCAUCGUCGCAUCUGCUACGCUUCCUGCUGCUAAAUCUUAUUUGGCUGUACAUAAUGACUGUUUGGAUGCGUUUUGUUCUACUGAAGGAUUAAUCCUCUCUUCUUACUGGUGCCCUCAGUCUUUACAAGAUUCCCUGUGGGGCCCAAUAUCACCGAAUCUUUCCCCAGUGAUUAAUCUUCGUGUGAAAAAAAUGACAUCUAGUAUUGAACUGGAUUUUAGUAUUCAAAACGUGUCGUGCGUUUUACCACCUGAGUUCCUUGCUGUUCUCAUCGGUUACUUCUCAUUGCCUGAUUGGAACUUUAACGCCAACGAAUAUAACGAUGAAGGGGUCAACCUUAGUUUGACUUACAAGUUUGAGAUAUUGGAUUCGAUUUUGUUUGCACCGGUGGUUAAUGCAGAUCGGCAGUUUCUAAAGCUUGAAAUUCCACAAAUGUACUGCACAUUUAUCGAGUAUUGUGAUUCUGAUAGUCUUUUAAAAGAAAUUCCCGCUGAGUGUUGUGUUCCAGAUAAAUUCAUUUCAGAUCAAAAUCAUAGUUUGAAUUUAUUCGGGCGGGAGUUAUCUCUACAUCAUAUUCUUUUGAAAGACGAAGCUUCUGAUUCCGUGAAAUUUAAUCAUGAUAUUGAAAAAAGUGUCGGAUUGAUCGCACCUUUUAGUGGUGAUUUAUGGAUCAGAAUACCAUAUGGAUCUACUGCUUCUUCCUCAACUUGUGUCAUGUCAAGAAUUAGCAAUUUCCAACUAAUUGUUGAAGGAAAUGACACUAUUGGUUCCUUUGGAGCAUUGCAAGAUGUCGUUGAUGAGUUAUCUUCUGUUGAAGAUCGAUCCCGAUGUUACACUACUGAUGUUCUACAGUUUCUCCAUUCAAAGAGGAAUUCUAAAGAAAAUCAUGUUCCUGUUGAAUCUUCAACUGUCACCUUCACAGAAAUUCGAUUUUCUAUCCAAUCUGUGUCGGUAAAUAUUUACCCUCCACAGACAGAAUUGGUUUCUCACGAACUUCUUGCCAAAAUCGACAUGAAAUUCACAUGUUCAAUAUCGUUAAAAAACGACAAACCUCACUGUUUGAACAUGUCGUUCAGUUCGUUACAACUCAGAUCCCUGUUUAACUCGGUUGUUUUACUGGAAUGCACAUCUUCUACCCAAAAUGGACUUGUACUUCAGUUAAACGUUCUAGUGUCGGAUGCGGGUGAAAAUCAGCUUAAUAUUACUCUUCCUUGUGUUAACAUUUGGUUAUUUUUAUCCGAAUGGGGUAAAGUCGUUGACUUAUUUAAUGAGGAAUUAAAGAAAUCCAGUUUGGAUCGGGGUUACCAUGUUGAUACUCCGGAAAACGCAUCUCCAUCUGCCACUGUGUCAAGUUAUUUAUCUUCAGAAGACGUACUUCAACAUCCGUUCUCGCAUCCGUUCUCGCUAAUUGUGAAGUCAAAUCAUAUUGGAAUAAAGAUUUGUGUUCCUGUUCGAGAGAAGAAUUCAUUCAGUGACUACAGUUUUCUCUCUAUUUAUUUGCAAAGUAGGUGCACUGAGAUGAGUGUUAAUGGUCAAAAAGCAAAUUUGAAGUCAAAUAUCGGGAAAACAACAGGAACAGUUGAGUUAUGUCAGAACAAAAGGGUUCAUUCUUGGCCACUUUUUCAGUUAUUGCAGGUUGAUGUUGAAGCAGAAAUUGGUAAUGAUGACAUGGAUCAUAUGCACUUGAAGACAGAUGUUAACUGUGAUAAUCUUGAUGUUUGGCUUUCACAUGACGUAUUUUACUUCUGGCAAACUAUGCAUUUUGUGUUUCCCGAUGACACCGGGUCUCCUCAGUUUCCACCGUGUGAUGUAAAUUUUAGAUUUUAUCUACAGAAGCUUUCCCUGCUUUUGACUGACCUAAAGUGGAGCUCCAAUGGCUCUCUUCUAGAAGUUUUCAUGGGAAGUAUGCUGUUUCGUGGUAUCAUAACUGAAAACCUAAUGGAAGGAACAAUUGAAAGUGAGCUUCAAGUGAACUACAAUAACAUUCACAAGGUUUUGUGGGAACCUUUUCUCGAGCCUUGGAAAUUCCAAGUAAGCUUAAGAAGAGAACAUGGAAAGAGUGCCCUUGAGAAUAGCGCAGUCAUGACUGAUGUUCAUCUUGAGUCGGCAAUGAAUCUCAAUGUUAACAUUACUGAAUCGUUUACCGAGGUCGCUUUCAGAGCGUUUGAUAUGGUUAAGGAUGCAUGCGAUCUCACGGAACCAAAUAUUCUUUCCGAAAACUCAAGAUUGACAACAGGCACCAGUGAGAACACACUUGCCACCAGAUACGCCCCUUACACACUUGAAAAUCUAACUUCACUUCCUCUAGUGUUUUACAUCUACAAAGGUUCUCAAACUGUCGACGGAUUCAAUACAUCAUCGUUAAAAGAUGGAAAAUUCGUGCAGCCAGGCUCUUCAUACCCAGUAUAUAUUGACGAUACUGAGCCCGAUGACAAGAAUUUUAGCUUUAGGACCAGCCAGUCUUCUGACAACUUAGGUGACAGACAUGUUGCUGAUGCACAACAUCAUUACAUCGUUGUUCAACUUGAAGGAACUUCCACCAUGUCGACUCCUAUUUCUAUUGAUUUGGUUGGCGUGAGCUUUUUUGAGGUGGAUUUUUCUAAUUUGUCGACUAAUUUAGGAGUUGAAAAUGGUGCGGAUAUUACUAAAGGUGUUAGUAGCUACGUUGUUCCCGCGAUAAUUGAUGUUUCAGUUCAGAGAUACACAAAGUUAGUGCGUCUGUACUCCACUGUCAUACUCCUAAAUGCAACAUCAGUGCCAUUUGAAGUGCGGUUUGAUAUUCCUUUUGGCGUAUCUCCCAAGAUUCUGGACCCAAUAUAUCCGGGUCACGAGUUUCCUCUUCCUCUACAUUUAGCUGAAACGGGCCGUAUAAGAUGGCGUCCACUUGGCAGCACGUACCUUUGGAGUGAAGCUUAUAGUAUUUCUAGUAUUCUUUCUAACGAAACUAAAAUAAAAAUUAAAAGUUUUCGUGCGUUCGUCUGCUACCCUUCUCUUCCAAGUAGUGAUCCUUUUCGCUGCUGCGUAUCAGUGCAUGACAUGUGUCUGCCUUCGAUUGGACGAAUAAACAAGGGUUCAUCAUCUCUUUAUGUUUAUGAUUCCUUAAAGCAAUCAGACAAGAUAGAAAAUCAAGAUCACUCUAAUAAGCGGUGUAUUCACCUGAUUACGUUAAGCAAUCCUUUAAUAGUAAAAAAUUAUUUACCAGUUACUGUAUCUUUGAUGAUUGAGAGCGGUGGAGUCACACGUAACAUGUUGCUUUCAGAGGUUGAAACUUGUUUUCAUCAUAUUGAUUCGUCGCAUGAUCUUUCGUUAACGUUUCAUAUUCAUGGUUUCCGACCAUCUGUUCUGAAGUUCCCCCGUGCAGAGAAGUUUAGUGAAAUUGCUAAAUUCAGUGGAACAAAGUUUUCUUCUUCUGAAUCCGUUAACUUUAGUUCCAAUACCUCUAAAGCUUCGUUAUAUGUGACAAUGGAAAAGGUGAUGGUUGCAUUUUCUGGGGCCCGCGAAAUCUGCAUAUUUGUUCCGUUCUUAUUGUAUAACUGCUGUGGCUUUCCCCUCAUCGUUGCUAACUCUACCAACGCGCUGACGACACACGGCUGCACCGUGCCUUCUUGUUAUGAUUUGGAUGAGCGAGACCUAUAUUUAGGCAAAAAAGACGGUCUCGGCCUUUUGUCUUCUAAUCAGUUUCUGCAUAAUGACGGUACUAAGAAGUUUCCGCAAAAUAGUAAUCUUGUUUCCACUAGGAAGAGCUUGGACACGUAUUACGGUAAGUCUUUGAAGAAUAUAGAACCACAAACAUCAUCCAUGAAUGAUAAGGGGAAAGAUUCAGUUCCAAGAAGUCCAUCAAAUGUGAAACUGAAUGAUUCUGAUGAAACAAAAGGGAAAAAGGUCAAUUUUUGUAUGUAUUCGCCUGAUCCUAAUAUAUCUUCGAGUGAGAUUAUGGUUAGGGUUAGUCGCUGCCAGUCUGAUGCUGAUGUGGAAAGUAACCUUGACUACGCAUGGUCUAGUCAAUUUUUUCUUGUUCCACCAACUGGUUCAACUACCGUUCUUGUUCCUCAAUCAUCAAACAGUGGUUCGUAUGUGUUAUCUGUAUCUUCUAGUGCUGUUGCUGGCCCUUUUUCUGGAAGAACAAGGAUUAUUAGUUUCCAGCCCAGAUAUGUGAUUAGUAACGCAAGCAGUAAGGACUUGUGCUUUAGGCAGAAAGGAUCUGACUUUAUAUAUCAUUUAAAAGUUGGCCAGCACUCUCAUAUACAUUCGACAGAUAUCACAAGGGAAUUACUCAUUUCUGUUCGUUUUGAUGAACCCGGAUGGCAGUGGUCCGGAUGCUUCUUUCCAGAACAUUUAGGUGAUACACAGUUGAAAAUGCGAAAUUAUGUUUCUGGUGCAGUUACUAUGGUACGCGUGGAGGUGCAAAAUGCUGACGAUGCAAUUAGAGAUGCAAAGAUUUUCGGGAAUCCUCAUGGCGAUUCUGGGACAAACUUAAUUCUUUUAUCUGAUGAUGAUACUGGUUUUAUGCCAUACAGGAUCGAUAAUUUCUCAAAGGAGAGACUACGCAUUUAUCAACAAAAAUGUGAAGCAUUUGAGACCGUUGUUCAUUCUUAUACAUCUUGCCCUUAUGCAUGGGAUGAACCCUGUUACCCACAUCGCCUAACCGUUGAGGUGUUUGCCGAGAGGGUAAUUGGGUCUUUUACCCUUGAUGAUGCUAAAGAGUACAAACCAGUGUGUUUACCUGCAACUUCUGAGAAGCCUGAAAGAAGAUUGUUAUUAUCUGUCCAUGCUGAAGGAGCAUUAAAGGUUCUCAGUGUCAUUGAUUCAAGUUAUCAUAGUGUUGACGAUAUAAAAACCCCAAAUUCUUCUCGCCUAAAUGAUAAAACCGAAAUUGACCAAAGGCAGGAAAGUUCCGUUAUUUACAAAGAAAGAUUAUCGGUCGCAAUUCCUUUCAUUGGGAUUUCCGUUAUUAGUUCUCAACCGCAGGAGUUGCUCUUUGCUUGUGCAAGGAACAUGGUGAUUGAUUUAGUUCAGAGUUUGGACCAGCAAAAGUUUUCGUUAAAAAUUUUUGCGUUGCAAAUUGAUAACCAACUUCCGACCACACCUUACCCUGUUAUAUUAUCUUUUGACCAUGAAUACAAGCAAAUCCCGACUUCUCAAAUGAUAACUAAAGAUGAUAGUUUGAGGGUAAAAGGGGGACACAUGAAACAAUUCAUAUCCGACAGUUCAUGUGAGCCUGUAUUGUCAUUGGCUGUAGCUAAAUGGAGGAACAAAGAUAGAGCGUUACUUUCGUUCGAGCAUAUUAAUUUAAGAAUGACAGAUUUUCAUCUUGAGCUGGAGCAAGAUGUCAUUUUAGGUCUGUUUGACUUUUUUAAGACGGUAUCUUCAAGGUUCCAUAGCAGAGCCACGCCACAUAAGGAUACAGUCAUGCAUCCUCUCUCCUCAAGUUUCAGUGUAAAUAUGGCAAGGAAAUUUUCUGACACCCAUAAAACUAAAAAGUCAAAUGGGGAUCCUAGAUUUGUCGAAAGUCAAAAUCAAACCUCUCCCUUGCUGCCAUCAGUUGUGCCAAUUGGAGCACCCUGGCAGAAAAUCUAUCACCUAGCACGAAAACAGAAGAAAAUAUACGUUGAAGUGCUUGAAGUAGCCCCCGUCACUUUGACGUUAAGCUUUUCAAGCAGUCCGUGGAUGCUAAGAAACGGAAUACUUACAUCAGGAGAGUAUCUUAUUCAUAGAGGUCUAAUGGCUCUUGCUGAUGUGGAGGGAGCACGAAUUCAUCUGAGACGAUUAACAAUUUCUCAUCAAUUGGCUAGCUUGGAAUCCAUUCGAGAGAUCUUGACCAUUCAUUACACACGCCAACUUCUUCAUGAGAUGUACAAGGUUUUUGGUUCUGCUGGGGUUAUCGGCAAUCCCAUGGGUUUUGCAAGGAGUGUGGGACUUGGAAUCAAAGAUUUUCUGUCGGUUCCAGCCAGGAGCUUUAUGCAGAGCCCAGCUGGACUUAUCACAGGUGUGGCACAAGGAACUACUAGUCUUCUUAGCAAUACAGUUUACGCUAUUAGUGAUGCUACCACUCAAGUCAGUAGAGCUGCACACAAGGGUAUUGUUGCCUUUACAAUGGAUGACCCCACUUCAACGGAGAUUGAACGGCAGCAUAAGGGAAUGCCAUCUCAUGGCAAAGGCGUCAUAAAUGAACUUUUGGAGGGGCUCACUGGUCUUCUCCAGUCACCAAUAAGAGGAGCUGAGAAACAUGGCCUUCCAGGAGUCGUAUCAGGUUUUGCUCUCGGAGUGACCGGGCUUGUGGCACGACCAGCCGCAAGCAUCCUAGAAGUCACGGAAAAAACAGCCCGAAGUAUAAGAAACCGAAGCAAACUCUACCACAUGGGGUCCCACCAGCUGCGGGUCCGUCUUCCAAGACCGUUACGACAAGACCACCCUUUAAAACCGUAUUUAUGGGAAGAAGCCGUUGGUGUAUCCGUAUUAUCCAACUCAGAUGACAACUUGAUGUUAAAAGAUGAAACCCUAAUCCUAUCAAAACCACUCAAACAAGGGGGCAAGUUCGUAAUCAUCACCGAACGGCUUAUUUUAACCGUUAGCUGUUCGAGUCUUGUGAAUUUAGGGAAACCCGAAUUUCGCGGGGUCCCGGCUGACCCGGAUUGGAACAUAGAAGCUGAGAUUACUUUGGAUAGUGUGAUACAUGUAGAUAGUGAUGAAGAACUAGUGCAUAUAGUGGGGAGCAGUACCGAUGUGGUUUUAAGGAACUCGAACCAGCAAAGACGGGUUGGCGGGAAAAGAUGGUAUAACCAGCCUACGCGGGUCCCACUUUUUCAAACGAACUUGGAGUGUUCGUGUAAAGAAGAUGCGGGUGAGUUGUUGAAGGUGAUUUUGGUUAUGAUUGAGAAAGGGAAGGAGCGUGGGUGGGGCGGGGUACAUCGGUUGCAUCAGAGUGAUGUUCGGCAAAAGGGGUAGUGUACAUUCUUUAUAUCUAGUUGUACAUUAGUUGUAGAUACAUGCCAUUAGGAAGGGUGGUGUGAUAUCACCAUCAUCAUCAAUCUAAAGCUAGAAAAUUUAAAGUUAUAAACACUAGAAACGAACAUUACGAUAUAGGAGAGAGAACUCAAGAGCCUGUAAAAGGUGGAAGUUUUGGUUUACUUGUUCACUUUUGUUGCUAUUAUUAUGGGGGUGUUUCGGAUUUGCUUAUUUAGAUGGGCUAUAUUCCUUUUGCUUUUUUUUU